CAGUCCCUGAAGGGAAAACAAGUUGGGAAAAAAAAUCUAGAACCUUCUGUCGUCCAGCCCACAGAAUCCAACCCACGCCGCGGCGCACUGCCAUCUCCGGGAGGGAAGUGGGAACCCCCGGGAAAAGAAUCCGGAGCCGCGGCAAUAGAAGGACUCCCGCGGCGAGGAGAGGGAGGAGAGGGUAUGUGGUGGGAGUGGGAGGGCGGCGGCGGGGAGGAUGCGCGGGAGGAGACCCCCGUCGACUUCGACUUCAUCUCCCUCCUCUCCAAGCCCAAGGAUUACUACAAGAUAUUGGGAGUUGAUUACGUUGCGUCGGAGGAGACGAUCAGGUCCAGCUAUAUCCGGCUUGCGCUGAAAUGGCACCCCGAUAAGAAGCAGGGUGAAGAAAAUGCAACCUCCAGAUUUCAGGAGAUUAACGAGGCAUACCAAGUUCUGAGCAAUCCUGUAAAAAGGCAAGAGUACGACAAGAAUGGCAUUCUGUAUGUUCAAGAUCAGAAUGUAGUGGACUACCUGAAUCGGUACAAGGGUCUAAUACUUACCUGCAAUGGCCUUGGCAUAAGGUACUCGGUUCGGUGAACCUAUUUAGGGGGGAUAAUUGCUCAGUUGCCAUUCUAAAGAAAUGAUAAUUACUGUUGAUGAUGACAUGCGGAUCACCCUGAGUCUAUGCAUGUGGGACAUGAUGGCAAAUGAGUGAUUGCCAUUUCCUCAUAGUGGCAAAAAAGCAAAUGCCCCAUUUAGGGGUGCCACAGUCUGGAUCCAUCUGUGGCCUUUAGAUGAUGUGUAAUUGUAAAAUCUCAUCUAGUCUAGAAUAUAGGGUAUGACCGUACCAGCUUUUUUUUGGAGGGGGGGGGGGGGUCACAUUGACAACUUGAGUUCAUCUUACAAGGUUACAACCGAGUUGAUUUCUAUUUGUCUAUCAGCUUUUGUUGAUUGCUAGAUGCUAUGUUAACUGUUGUCCCCUCCAUGUAACAUACUAUUCCUAAGCUAUGCAAUGUAAUCGUCUAUUUCUUAAAAA